AGUCACCACCAUCACCACCGCCGCUGACGGACCGGACAGAGCGAGUCGGUCUGCAGUCAUUCAGUCGAUCAGUCGUUCAGACAGUCGGUCGCCGUCCACGCGUAUAUCUUAUACCGUUGUUUGAACAUCGUCGAUACAAUAAUACAUUACUGUAUGCUAUACGACACAUAUUAUAGACAAACGAAAUUAAAAUUAUAAGACCUAUAUUAUUGUGAUCGUCACCGUCGUAGCACUGCGCUCGUGUCGCAUAUAUUCUCUCUCCGCGAGUACUGAAGUGUUGGCGCGCGCCCGUGUGUGUGUGUGUGUGUGUGUGUUUGUGUGUAAGUGUGUCCGCUCGCGUGUGCCGUCGUCGCAGUCGACCGCGUAUAUGAGUACGCUUGUCGCGUCCUGUUGUACGAGCACGUCUGUCGUGCUGCGCGCGUCGUCCGUACCGCUUGUCGCCGUCCGCGUGCGUAUCCUCCGCUUGACCUACAAUCCGCGUCCCGACAACGCACCGCCGCCGAGCUCAUCGAUAUCUCUCGUCCGCGAUCGAUACGCGUAUCCGUCACCGUCGUAGCGAAAAAGAAAAAUCUAUCCGCAGGAAAUUGGUUGACAUCGCCGGUAUUGGACUCUCCUUGUCCACACGAGGCACCGCAGACGGCGAUGACGCCCUGAAGACGUCUUCGGAGUGUCACUGCCGCCCAAAGUACGGCGCAGGAAGGGCCCCGCUCGAGGUCCUUUUGAUCGUCGAUCGCAGCGACAGCGACAGCUACAACCGCAGCGGUUAGGCAACGCGUCAACAGCGACAACGCCAACAUGGUGGCGUCCGCCGAUCGCCGCGAAAGUUUCGGCGUGGACAGCAGCCUGUUCCACCACCGGAAGAGCAAGACCGGUGCCAACAAGCAGGGCAAGGACGCCAACAAGGGCAAGCAGUCGUCCGACGUGGCCGUGUACACGAUAUCAGUGGUCGGCGGCUACGAGAACCAGGGCUACAAGCGGGAUGACCUGCAGUCCGGCGACGGGGGCCUUGCCAAGCCGCCGCUCGGUAGCAUGGCCGACGGCGACGGCGACGAUGACCAAUCCAAGGGCAAGUUCAAGAUGUCGCCCAAGGAGAAGUGGCGGAUCCUGAAGAACGUGUCCACCAUCAGCCUGGCGUUCAUGGUCCAGUUCACCGCGUUCCAGGGCACGGCCAACCUGCAGAGUUCGAUCAACGCGCGCGAGGGCCUGGGCACCGUAUCCUUGUCCGCCAUCUAUGCGGCGCUGGUGCUCAGUUGCAUAUUCGUUCCCACGUUCCUCAUCAAGCGGCUGACCGUCAAGUGGACGCUGUGUCUGUCCAUGCUGUGCUACAUACCGUACAUCGGUGCCCAGUUCUACCCACGGUUCUACACGCUGGUGCCGGCCGGCGUGCUCGUGGGCCUGGGCGCCGCGCCCAUGUGGGCCGCCAAGGCCACGUACCUCACGCAGACCGGGGCCGUGUACGCCAAGCUCACCGACCAACAGGUGGACGGUAUUGUCGUCCGGUUCUUCGGAUUCUUCUUCCUGGCUUGGCAGACCGCUGAGCUUUGGGGCAAUCUCAUCUCUUCGUUGGUAUUAUCUAGCGGGGCCCACGGCGGCGGUAUCGGUGACAACAGCACGAUGCUAUCCGAAGAGGAAUUGAGAUUGUGCGGUUCAAAUUUUUGCGUGAUGGGAAACCACGCCAUCGACAACCUGGAAAGGCCACCAGACUCGGAGAUAUUCGAGAUCAGCACCAUAUACCUCACGUGCAUCGUACUGGCCACCAUCAUAAUAGCCUUGUUCCUGGACCCACUUUCCAGAUACGGAGAGAAACAGAGGCGUGCCGAUAGCCAAGAACUGUCCGGUAUUCAACUGUUGUCGGCCACGGCUUAUCAGCUGAAAAAACCUUACCAACAGCUCCUCAUACCGAUCACCAUUUGGAUUGGAAUGGAACAAGCGUUCAUCGGAGCCGAUUUCACGCAGGCGUACGUGUCCUGCGCCCUGGGCAUUCCAUCCGUCGGGUACGUGAUGAUAUGCUUUGGCGUGGUCAACGCAAUAUGCUCGCUGCUGUUCGGAACCAUUAUGAAGUACAUCGGAAGACUGCCGCUGAUGGUGCUGGGUUUCGUCGUCCACUCGAUACUCAUAUGGAUCUUGAUCGUGUGGCGACCCCAUCCCAACAACCCCAAACUGUUCUUCACCAUAUCGGGACUGUGGGGCGUCGGCGACGCCGUCUGGCAGACUCAAAUGAGCGGUAUCUACGGGACGCUGUUUAGGCGCAACAAGGAGGCGGCGUUCAGCAACUAUCGACUGUGGGAGUCUGCCGGCUUCGUUGUGGCGUACGCUUACAGCACCCACCUGUGCGCCCGGAAGAAGCUGUACGUCAUGGGCGUCGUGCUGUUCGUCGGGUUCGUCGGGUACAUAAUCGUCGAAAUCAGGCACAGCGUCAAGGCCAGGCGGCUCAAACGGCUGGCCGACGACCCGAAGUCGGAGCCGCUGCCCGACGAGACUGUCAACGAGACCGACGACGAGAAGGACGACAUCGACGACGAGAUCAUCGUGACGCAUUUAUGAACAACGGACUUAAUCGGUGUGCUAUAUAUAUAGAAUAAACCAAGAUGCUCAGUUGCUAUGUUAUUAGAACGUCUUCAUCACUUUUAAAAUAUAUUUAUUUUUAUCAUAAAUUAUAUUUUGUAACGUAAAUACGUAUGGAAAUCUAUGUGAUGUAUUAACUACACUAAUUACCAAUACUGUGUAAUUUAUUACUGCAUUUUGUACAUAGUAUUUAUACUGCAUCAUAAUUUGCAUAGAAAAUAUGUAUCGGUAAAAAAAAAUUGUACAUUACUUUUACAAUAUUAUUAGCAUUAUUAGUGUUAUCAUUAUUAUUAAUUGUCGCCCCUCUUUUUUUUUGUAGUGAAAGUGAUCUAGUUUUAACAUAUUUAACUAUUACUAACUAUCCGUCAAAGAUGGUUUACGUUAAUUAUAUUAUAUAUGAUAAUAUAUGAGUUAAAUUAUUCAUACGCCUAGACCAUAAGUAGGUAUUCAAAGUAGGAAGGUAUACUGCGCGUAGUUAGUCAAUUAUUUUAUUUUCCUUUACAAGACACGUCCAAUAGUAUUAUUAUAUACAUAAAUUAUAUUAAAUAUAUAUAUAGAUUUAGAUAGUGUGUAAUUAAAAAUUGAAUAUUAUAUUGUUGUUACUUAUUAUUAUAAUUUUUGUGUACGAUGUGUGUUUGAUACAUUUAGAUUUUAAUUCGCUCGACAACUUAGGCAUAUAUCCUACAGUAUAUUAUAUUAUAUAAAAAACGAUAUAGACAAUAAAAGUAUAAUAUUAUUUAGGUAUGUCCUCAUCAGCAGCUACUGUGAUGUGAUUUAUCUCGUAGAAAUGUGUAUAAAAAUUAGAUUGUAUAAUAAAGACAAAAUAUAUAUUACGAAAUCA